AUGGAACGUCUUGAUAACAAUGAACUUGGGAAAAAAGCAAGAGCGCGAAGAUCUUUGGUUUUGAAGGAGAACCGUUCAAAGCGUCCUAAAUAUAGUCCUCACCAACCGAUAAAUAUGGAUACAAAUCAUGUGUCGCCUAUCUCAAUGACACCAAGACAACCAUUGGCCGAGCUGACUCCGUCAAUUCAAAACCAAUAUUCUCAAUCCCACCUAACUAACGAGGCAUUUUAUAAUACACGACUUCUUCAAGGUUCCGAACCAAGCCCAUCAAGACAUGGUUUUAAAACAAAUUUGCGGACGUCCCAUAUAGAGACUUUAGGAACAAAUUUAUUGUCUAAGUUUUCUUCCAGUGCGGCCGUGUUUGACUUUAGAAGUUCAUCUAAUACACCAACAUUAGAAACUUCUUAUAUUGGGUCAGGAAGUAACAGUCACACUAAUGUAAUCAAACAUCUUGACACAACCGCACUUCAAAGAAGAGCAAAGGCGAACACGCCGGCACGGGGCAGACCUAGACAGCAGUUGGGGGUUCCAAAUAUAGCAAAUCACUUGAGCAGGAAUGUGCCUAUCCAAACAAAUCCAACUGGGAUAGAUGCUCCUAAAAUGUCCUGUCCAAACAACAACAAACCAGGUAGGGGUCGGCCUAGGAAGCAACUGGGAGUUCCCAACCUGGCUAUCAACUUGAGCAAAAAGUUUGCGGUACAAACGAAUGCACAACAAACACAGUUUCAAAGGUACACACCGGAAUCAACAUCACAACAUAGGAGCGACAGUCGACCGAGCAUUCCUAAUAUGCAAUUUGAUCAAACCAAGAAACAACCUUACACAAAUAUUGAUACUUCUGACUCACAAUCCACACAUAGUGCCAAUCAUAGACCGGAGCCGUCAUGUCCCGUUUUUACGCCAGCCGUCAAUUUGGAUUUUGAGAGCGACUCUGGAGAGGAUAGCGACUAUGACCCGUUCGCAACAUAUUUAUCCGAAGAUGACGAAUGGUCAGAAUCGGAAGAUGUUGCAGCACCCUUUACAAUUCACGACAACUAUAGCGAAACUUCCAAAGAUUAUUACGAUGUCGGUGACCCUCUAAUAGAAUGUCGGUAUUGUAAAGCAAUGAUGUGGUAUCAGGAAAGGAUGCACAAAAGUUCCCAUGCAGCCAAUCCGAAAUUUAUGCUUUGUUGUGGAAAUGGGAAAGUAGAACUUCCAUUGCUAGAACAGCCUCCAAAAUUACUUGCAAAACUGUUGUUUGAUAAUGAUAACUUAGACAGCAGGAAGUUCCAACAUCAGAUCCGAGUUUACAAUAUGAUGUUUGCCUUCACAUCACCUGGAGCAAAGUUGAACAAUCGUUUUAACAAUGGAUGCGGGCCUCCGACAAUAAGGAUACGAGGUCAAACAUGUCAUCGAAUUGGGAGUUUGUUACCUCCACAAGGUCAAAAACCGAAAUUUGCUCAACUGUAUAUUUAUGAUACGGAGAAUGAGGUCCAUCAUAGAAUGCAAGGACUAAGGAACUCCAAAAACAUUGAUGAAAUGGUUGUCCAACAGUUGUCUGAUAUGCUGUACGAAUGCAAUCCUCAUGCUAAGAGUUUUCAAAUGGCAAGGCAAUGGUUAGACAAUGGUGAAAGUCAAAACCUUAAGCUGAGACUAAUUUCAAAUAGAUCCACAGAUGGGAGAGUAUAUUAUAAACCGACUGUUUCUGAAGUUGCUGCCUUGGUUGUCGGUGAUAUUGACAUAGCAUAA